GCACAUGAGCGUCCCACGUGCGUGCGCGACAGUAGCUCUGUAGGUUUUAGUGAAUCUUUUCUUUAAUCAUUCUGCAGCUUUCUUGAUUCCGACUGUGCCAGUUUUUAUUAAUUUAUAUCUUGUAAAGUCUCUGAAAUAAGGCAAACCCACCAGUGAGGACCAGCCAUGGCGCAAACCUCUCUUGCACGGCAGUUGCAGAAGCUUGCAGCACCACAGACGUCGCUGCUCAAGGAGACCAAGAAACGUGCCUCGUUUCUCUUCGACCCCCGUGAAGCAGCUGCCCUUGACACCGACACUGCGUACGCCAUAGGCACUACGGGCCUAGAGGAGUUGACGACGCUCAACGAGGCCUUCGCACGCUUUGAGGAGAACCUUUUUUCGGAGAGUGCCAAGUUCCUGGAGCGAGCUGUCAAGAGCAAAGAGGAGAACGCCAUUCUUGAUGGCCAGAUUGAGGAAUUCCUGCUUCUCCUGUCGCCUCACUUUCUGCUGCGGCCAGCGCACAAAGCCCUCGAGUGGCUCGUUUACAGGUUCCACGUGCACGAGUUCAACGUGGAUGCAAUCCUGCGCUGCAUACUACCAUUCCACGAAACGCGCGUCUUUGCUCGCGCCCUCCAACUGCUCGACUUGUCCAGCAAGACCUCCAAGUGGCACUGGCUUCACUGCCUCCAGAAACCUGGCCUGUCAUUGACCAAGACUGCCCUUGUGACACAGUGCACGCGAGACCCAGGCACCCUCAAGUUCAUCUGUGAAGUUCUUGUUGCUAUGGCAAAGGUACACUCUGAGGACGCUGUGGCACUGCGGCCUGUUAUCGGCCUGUACGCCUCCGCCGUUCUGGGCACGCUGGAGGCAAUGAAGAAGAUCACAGACCAGACGGUAGCAAUGCUGCUGCCAUACAUUCUGAAAGGCCUGGCAUCGUCGGCGAUUCCUGACCACCGUGCCGCUACCUACCUCGUGGUCGGCCAGCUGGCUCGGCGCACGGUUCUCAACCGAGAAUUCUCACACGAGUUGGUCGUCCGAGUUGCCAAGAGUAUAAAGGCACCUGGAAGCUUGGGUGCGAACCUGUCGGAAGGCCUUCUGUGCCUGUUGGUGCUGAUGACCCUGCAAAACAUUCAGGAUCUGCCCAAAGCUGCAUUUCAAGCCCUGAUGAAGCACAAGAAGUCCCUCGUAGCUGCGCUGGAGGAGUUAUCAUCUAGGCAUUCCGUGUCGGCAAUCCUGAAGCCACUGCUGGCUCAGCUGACCAAUUAUGUGCUGGAGCCUCGUCAGAGUGAGGGCGAGGAUGCCAGUAAGAAGGCUGCCGUGCUCAAGGCUCUAAUCCAGCUCGCCCUGUCACUCGACAAGUACUCCGACUACGUUGUGCGUCUGUUCUUUGAUGCUUAUAUCAAGCUACACAAGAGCAGAAAGGCCGGUGACAGCAGCGCGGCAUCAAACUCGGCAAACGAUGAAGUGGUUCUCGACAUUAUGAAAAUGCUGCGUCAAAGGUGCCCUGAUGAGGUGGACGCCUGUCUGGAGUGCCACCUUUGUGGUGAUGAUGAGCAGGCACGUCUGGCAGCAGAGCAGCUGACCCGCACCAAUGCCUUUGGUCGGGAGCAUGCCGUGGUGGAGGCUGCAGGGAGCGCGUUAUUUCUGGCUCUCAACAGUGGCAGCAAGCACCAUCGUUUGGCGGCCGUGCGGGAACUGGUCGCCUCUCUCCAGAAGAAGCAGGAUGUGGAGGAAAAGUUUGCUCGAGAGUCGUUGCGUAGCCGUUUGGCAGACACAGAGCCCGAAGUGGUGCAGGCAGUGCUUGCACUCGGCAAGGACCUCUGCAACUUUCUGGAGCAGAGUUUUGUCCUGAACACCUUGAAGCGAAUCCUGUUUGAGCCUACAGAAGAAAGCACAAAAUGGUUUGAUCUUCGCACUCGAGCAUUGGCAUUUGUAUGCGAUGACCUUUGCGCCGUUGUGGAUGAAGGGCAGUUGCUUGCAACACUGCUUCCCUUUCUGAUGCCGACGGAGAAGUCUGAGAUAUCGCUUGCCCGCGUGGCAUAUGCUAGCCGGGCCCUUCAGCGGUUUCCAAUGUUCAAGACUGUCACCACUGACAAGAGGAUGGCGGCUGCUUUAGGAGCAGUGGACCUGGACACCAUCACCGAGUUGCUACUGGCCAACAUUGCGGAGACUGUAGGGAAGGUUGAGCAGCCCCUGGCUCUGGUGAAGACAUUGGAAGAGCUUUGCUUCCCAAGCACAGGAUAUGCAGCAGCACAGCUUCGAUGCAUUUGUUGCUCCCUCCUGAAUGGCCUGGCAUCCUCAACGAAAAACGCUGAAGUCUUUCAGGAAGCAUUGCGGUUUUACCGCCGACUGCUGGCUGAAAAGGCAGCUUGCGGCGAGUAUGAGUUUGCGGUGGCUGCAGUUCGAGAUGGGCGUGUUCCCUCUGCCAUGGUCAUCAGUGGCUUGACUGCAGUCAUCAACGGCGUGAAACCUGUGGCAGCAUUGAAGGAUAAUCCUUUGUGGGUCCUAAAACGACAAGACAAGGACACUCAAGCUGCAUUGGACAUCCUUACCGACAUUUUCGAGACGAUUGCAGAGAAUUCGCUCGUCAAGAGCAGCUGCCGGUUACAAUUUCGCCAGCUGCUUCAAAAAUUUUUCAAGGUUCACUGUCAUAGCCUUCAGCAUCAGGUGCACUUUUUAAGUGGACUUUGGCUGCUGCACCUAGACGCCAUCUGCAACGCUUCCAGCACUGGUUCCCAGGGGGUGCCAGCUGCCCACCCAAAAGAGAGGCUUCAGUCCUUGGCCCUUGCAGUUUCGAUUCAGUUGUUGCGAGAUGCAGAGGGCAUCAAGUGGAUCCUGGCUGAAAAGAACCUUGUCUUCCUGUCCAUCAUCCUGUCGCUUCUGUCACCAACGCAAGGAAUUCGAGAUUUGGCCGUCAGCUUGGUGGAGGCAUCGGUUGCCUGUUCCCAAAAGGGACGCACUGGACUCCAUGCCCUUUCUGAGCUGAUCGCUGAUCACGCUGCUGACGUAUCAGUGGGCACCAAGAAGCUGCUGAAGCUUGUAGCUUCCUGGCAUGCGACAUUGAAGAAGCCCAAUACGCUGCUGGCACUGCUGAACAUGAGCAAGUUCCUGUCGCGAUGCGAGUGCGGCAUACUGAAACUGGUGUCACGUGUUGACUCUGAGGAAGUGCUGGAGGCGGCUGUGAAAGUGAUUGCGACGACGCUCGGACUCGAAGCUUGCGACGUCGCUCCCACGUUGCCACUGCCUUCUGCCGAGACGCAACUCCUCAGGGAGUGCUUCGCAAAGUACGGCUUGGGUGCUGUUCAACGCCUGGCUAAUGUUGAAGGAGCUGUGGAGACCUUUGAAAAGGCCCUGCGCAGCACAAGAAGGUGUGAGGGCGAUGAGUCAGUGGCUACUAUGGCACUCCAGGUGGUGACCAAGGACUUGUUGAAGAAGCUUCCCAAGGAAAACCAGAUGGCCCUGCUCGACACUCUCGUUGACCUGGCCCUUGACACGCCACCUGCCGUGCAGCAUUCAGCAGUGCUCAGGGCUUUGCGUAAGGUGUGCUCUUUUGGGAGCCUUCUCGUGGAACCUCUGCAGAGAAUCAGCACGUCACGGCAGAGCCCAGCAAGGACGGUCAGGGAAGCCAAGAAGAUGAGAUUGAUGGAUGCAGCGGAAGAACAGGACCCAGCCGAAUCACCUCAGUGGAAGCGCAUUCUCAUUCUUCUCGAAAUGAUCCAGAGCCGAAAGUCUAUCGAAGACGUUUCGCUCCUUGUGGCACCCCUGUACACCUUGCUCAAAAGGAGCUUAGAUUUGAACCAGAGUCCACAUGUCGAAUACUUGCGCCAGUGCGUGCUGACAGCGCUCCAAGCGCAUGGCCUGUCUGCGCCGCGUCACGAACUGGCAACCCUGGUGAAGUGCCUGCGCCAAUCGGAGAGUGCCCAGGCCCAGCAGCUGUCCCUGGCUCUCCUGAACCUCGCCGCCCAGAAGUAUCCCGAGGAAGUGUUGCACAACGUGACCUCUGUGUUCACCUUCAUGGGGGCCAACCUGUUGCGACUGGACGACAACUAUAGUUUUCAAACAGUCAUGCAAACAGUCGAAACAGUCGUCCCAGCUCUGCUUCAGGCUUGUGCUGGCGAGAGCAAGUCUGCCGAGGGUUCGGAAAGUGCGGUAGCAUCGGUUACACGAGUGUUUGUCGGGGCCUUCCCGGACAUUCCCGAGCACCGGCGGUUGCCCCUGUUCACCAAGCUGGCCACAACCCUGGGGGCCAGUGACCAUCUCUGGGUCCUGGCUGCUCAAAUGGCUGGGCACCACAUCACAAAGAUGGCAGCCGCCAUGGACACUGACGAGUCUACGUCGAACAUCCUCGAAUUCGGUCUUUCCCUGUGUGGCCAGUUUGAGGUUUCUGUACAGAUGCAGACCAUAACACACUUGCUCAAGUUUGCUGCCAGCUUGCCUGCUGUCAAAGAUAACGACAACGAGCCUCCAAGUCACCCCGAAGUCUUUGACAUGCGGUUGUAUUCGGAAAAGCAGCUCCAAAGGUUCCGACUGAGCAUCGCCAACUUUGUGGCCGAUCUUCUGGGCUCGUCAACCUUCCUUGGCCAGAUGGCAGUACUUCAGGGUGGUAAGGGUGAUGGAGGUACGACAGAGGCCCUCUGCGGACCAUGCCUGUCAGCCUGCCUGCAGUUCGUGCCGCAAGUGAGCCGCUGGAGCCACAGCCCGGCCAAGACCCCCUACCAGGAGCGCGCUUGGAAGGCCUUGCUGUCAAAGCUGCACGACGUCGUUCACAAGGUGAACGGGCUGCUCCCCAGCGGGCAGUUUGUCUCGGUGGUUCGGUCACUGAUGUGCCACGAGCUCUCGUCUAUCCGGCGCAGCGCCAUGGACAUGCUGAACGAGAAGCUGGCCGCCAAGGAUUACUUUGCAGAAGAAGACACGCAGUCCCUGCUGGAACUUGUUCCAUUGCUGCUGCAAAUGGCACAUGGAAAAUCCUUGUCCGUUGUGCCAUCAGCAUCAACUAUUGUCAGCGAAACAUCUGGAGCGACUUCGAGCGAAGAGGCAGCCCUGAACCGGCAAACGGCACUGUUAUCACUCAAGCUUCUCAUCCGUACAUUGGGCGCUGAACACCGGGAUGCUUUCGCUGAGGUGUACGACUUGGCACACCAGCUGCUCUGACAGCAUUUGAAUCCACUACUGAUGAGUAGCGCACUGCUGUGCUUUGCGGAAUUGUGCCACAGCCUGCCGACGCCCACCAUUGCUCAUUUCGGCCGUCUCAUGCCACCCUUCCUCGGCAUCCUGCAGAACAGGGCAAGGAGAGGUCAGCACAUGUCGGAUGUGGUCACAAUGGCACUUAUUACAGCAUUGCAUCGGCUGGUUGAAAGCCUGGCACCAUUCUUGAGUGCAUACCUUACUACAAUCUUGGUUCAGGUAUGCACAAUGCACGUGUCGUGCGCAAAAGAAGGUGCCAGUGGAACCCUGUGCCAGCGGCUGGAGUCUACGUCGACGCACAUUGCCCACCACGUGCCAGCUCGCGUCCUCAUCCCAGCCAUUGAGGAAAGUUUUCACAAGCUCAGCCAUUCGGCAGCUGCCCUGGAGCCCCUGAUGUCGUUGCUGGGAGAGUUUAUCAGCUCCAUCGAGAAGGCUGACCUGAAAGGUCACCUGCCCCAGCUUCAGGAGCUGGUCCUCCAUUUGCUGGCCUACCGCCGAGACAAUCCGCAGAUGGAGGAUGCGGAAGUUGACACGGUCGAGAGCAGCAUCGUUAGUGUUGUGACCUCUCUUUCCUUCAAGCUUUCUGAGGUCACGUUUCGUCCAUUCUUUUACAAGAUGUACAACUGGGCUGCUGUGGAAGAUCCGGAUAAGAACAAAGUCCUCACGUUCUACCACCUCACUGAAAGGUUAUCGGAAAUGCUCAAGAGCCUGUUUGUCUUGUUCGCGGGAGUUUUCGUGGAGCACAGCGCGGACUUGUUGGUGACUACAAACACUGUCAAAGCAGAGGAAAACUACUUUGAUGACGAAGCCAAAAGCUGUCGCCUGCUGAACCAUGUUCUGGCAACCCUGACUGCUUGCUUCCAUCAUGGAGGCAAGCAGUUUCUGACAAAAGAGAAGGCUGCAUUCUUGCUCAAGCCAUUGGUGAACCAGGUAGAGAACGAGUUGGGUGGCGAGGAGGCUACACAGAAGCGAGUGGAGCGGCACCUGGUACCAUGCUUGGCCAGCUUUGCCGCUGGCUGUGAAGACGCAACUCGAAAGGAGUGGCACCAGAAGCUCCUCCACCAGAUGCGCAACUCCAAAGCACAGGUGCGUUACACAACGCUGCUGGCAUUCCGCGAGGCAGUGCGUAAACUCGGCGACGACUACCUGUCCUUCCUGCCCGAGGCUGUUCCAUUCCUGGCUGAGCUUAUGGAAGAUGAGAGCACUGAAGUGGAAAGCCUAUGCCAAGACGUCAUCCUGGAAGUGGAGCAGAUCCUCGGUGAACCUUUGAUGAAAUAUUUUUAGAGUUUCUCGAGUGCAAUAAACCUUAUGAACAUGA